AUGUCUCCAAGCCAAAGUGAAAUUAACAAAUUGAAAGACGUUUUAAAAAAAUUACCUCAAGAAAAAAAUGAUGAUAAAAAAAGAGAAGUGUUAAAAAAGGUAAUAGCCUAUAUGACUUUAGGUGUGGAUGUAUCCAAGUUAUUUCCAGAUAUCAUAAUGAUAUCUAGUACAAAUGAUAUAAUUCAGAAAAAAAUGAUAUAUUUAUAUUUAAACAAUUAUGCAGAAACAAACUCUGAACUGUCCCUUCUAACUAUAAAUACACUACAAAAAGAUAGCAAAGACGAUGAUCCUAUAAUACGUGGUUUAGCCUUACGUAGUUUUUGUAAUUUAAGAAUUAAUAAUUUAUUUGAAUAUAUUGAAGGCCCUUUAUUUAAUGGGUUAAAUGAUAAAAAUUCAUAUGUGAGAAGAAUUGCAAUUAUUAGUUGUGUAAAAUUAAUUAAAAUGAAUCCUGAUUUAUCAAUUAAAAAUGAUAUUAUAAAAAUUUUAAAAAAUAAAUUAUUAGAUAAAGAUCCUCAAUGUAUUAUAAAUUCUGUACAUGCUUUAAAUGAAAUAUUGAUUGAUGAAGGGGGAUUAAAAGUAAAUAAAGAAAUUGUAUUUAAUAUGUUAAAUAAAUUAUCUCAUUUUAAUGAAUGGGGGAAAAGCGUCAUCUUAUAUAUAGUAAGUACAUAUAUACCAGAAAAUGAAGAUGAAAUGUAUGAUAUUAUGAAUAUAUUAGAAAAUCACAUAAGAGAUUUUUCUUCAACUGUCUUUCUAGCUUGUUUGAAAUGUUUUCUUAAUUUUUCUAUCAAUGACACAAAUUUACAAAUACAGAUUUUUCAAAGAAUGAAAGAUCCAUUACUUACAUUAAUUGCGACUUCGUCCAAUGAAAUUGCAUAUAUCGUUUUGUUACAUACAAAUUUAUUAUUGCAUGAAGCUAAUAAAUUGAAUUAUAAAAUUUUUGAUUAUGACUAUAAGCACUUUUUCUUUAGAUAUAAUGAUUUAACAUAUAUAAAAGAUAUAAAAUUGGACAUUCUUGUAUCAGUAGCAUCAAAGAAUAAUGUGGUUUUAAUAAUCAACGAAUUGAGCGAAUACGUUUCAGAUGCCAAUGUAGAGAUUGCUCAAAAAGCCAUAGAAUCCAUAGGAUCCAUAGCAUUAAAAAUUCCUAAAUGCAUUUCAAGAGUAGUAGAAUUAUCUUUGUCAAAUUUUAUGACAAUGAACUAUUCCUAUAUAUGUAGUGCUACAAUAAAAAUACUUGUAAACAUAUUAAGAAAAUAUGAAGAAUAUACAAAAUUAAUUAUAGAAGAAAUAGUAAAACAUGGUAAUAGAUUAAUUGAUAAUGGUGGUAUUAUAUCUUAUAUAUGGAUAAUAGGUGAAUAUUGUGAAUAUAUUGAAGAAGCUCCAUAUCUUUUAGAAGAAUAUAUAAAUUUAAGAAAUUGUUCUUAUUUAUUUAUGUUAGAAUUAUUAACUGCUUGUGUUAAAGUGUUAUAUAGAAGACCUGCUGAAAUGAAAAACAUUGUUUCUACAUUAUUUGAUAAUAUAUUAAAAAAUUAUAAAUAUCCUGAACUUACUGAUAAAAUGUUCUUUUAUUAUAAACUCUUAAGUUAUAAUUAUAAAGAAGCAUUUCAUAUCAUUGCUUGCAAAAAAAAAACAGUCAAAAAUUUCUCUGAAUCCAAUGAAAAUAUAUUAUUAGAUAAGUUAUAUAAUGAAUUUAAUACCUUGUCUGUAUUAUAUAAACAACCAGUAAAUAAAUUUAUUGAAUAUUCAAAAAUAGCUUUCGGAGCAGUAUAUGAUCCAGAAGAAAAUAGUGACAUAACAAAAGAUUCUAAUAGCCAAUUAAAUGGUUAUGAUAAUUCAGAAGAUAUUCAUUUAAAUAAUCAUUAUACAUCUGAUCAUAUGUACAAUAAUAUAAUAGAUCAUAAGCAUACAAUACAUGACAAAAAUGGAAAUAUUAAUAAUAAUAAUAAUAAUAAUAAUAAUAAUAAUUUGCUUAAUAUCAAUGAGGAUAUAUUAAUUAUGGAUGAACAAAAUGUUAAAACAAAUCAAAGUAACAAAUAUAAUAAUAAUAAUAUAUUAAUAAAUCAAGAACAAAAAACAAAUGAAAACGUUUCAACAAAUUUACAUGAUGUAAUAAUAAAUACAGAAAAUAAUAAUACAAUAAUAAAUUUAGAUCAUAUAUAUAAUACAUCUACUUUUAAAAAAUUAAAAAAUAUUAUAAUCGAUGUUGAUAAUAUAAACCCUGAAGUAUAUCAAACACAAUGGAAUGCAUUACCUGAACAAAAUAAUGAAAAAAUUUUUUUAAGAAAAAAUUAUUAUAAUUUACAAUUAGAUACUAUUGAUCAAUUAAUAUCCAAAUAUAAUUUAAUAACACUUGCUUCAGGAGAAAUUGAUCAAUGUCUUAAAUUUUAUAUGUACUCUCAGUUAUACACAAAACAUUAUAUCUUUAUUGAAUUAAUUUUUAACAAAACAGAUAAUUCAAUUAAUUGGAUUUUUAAAUCUGAAUGUAAUGACGAAAAUUUAAUUGAACAAUUUACCGACUGUUUUAGAGAUAUUUUUUUAGAUUUUAUGUAA